AUGCCUUUUAUAUCUUAGAAUACAAACACCCACAUCACCUAAAAACAUAUAUGGAGUGCAGGAAAUUUGAGAUAACCCUCGUCUCAGCAAACGACCUAGAGGACGUUCGAAGAAUCUGCAAGAUGAAACCCUACGCUAGGGUUUCAAUUGCAAACAAUCCGAGGACGGAGAAGCGGACGCCGACAGACAAGCAUGGUGAGACCAACCCUGCGUGGAACUUCACCGUGAGGUACACCAUAGACGAGUCCGCCGUGGAGCACUAUGGUGUCAUACUUGUGAUCAAGUUGUACUGUAAGCGAAAGCUCGGGGACCGAUACAUCGGUGAGGUGCAUACAUCAUUGAAGGAGCUGUUUGAUUAUGCCAGCAUGAAUGGAGGGAGUGCUGUAGUGAGUCACCCUGUGCAGAAGGGUUCUGCAGACUCUCAGGGAGUGCUUAAGUUUUCGUAUAGGUUCGGAGACAGAUUGAGUGUUGAUAAACUAGUGUUGGCAGAUAGUAUUGCACUCUCUGGCUAUGAUUUUGUUAAACGUGAUACUUGUUUCUGCCUUUAGGGAGGGAUUCCUAGUGAGCCCGAGUCAUCAGCUCCGCGUUGACUACGUCCCUAACCUUUGUAUACCGCCCCUUAAUUUACCGGGGAAAAAUGUCUUCUCUUUCUGUGUGUGUGUGCAUGUACGUAUGUUUGUUAUCACUUAUCAGAGAAUCAAGGGCUUGUGUGUAUUGUGGAGGGAAGGUUGUAGUUGUAUGAUCCAAGAAAUGAAAAUUUGUUUCUAGCUACUUGUUUUUAAUA